CGUGUUCAGCCACUGCCUUCUUGGCCUAUGACACGCAUGUCAAUCCAUCAACGGGAAACGUGUCCACCGACUCCCGGCGGCUCGGGCGCAACCUGCACCGUUUCAAUCUCGGCUUGUUUCCCGGUUCCUGAACUUGGGUCGAAAAUGGCUCUAUAAUUACCGAAACACCCAGAACCACUAGAUUUUUCUCUCUUCUCACCACGUUCCCGCACGUCAACAUGAACAUGGUCGCGCGACACUCGGUCAUUUUCUCGCUCUCGACGGCCCCUCUCCAACUGCUUACACCUUCCACGGUCCCCAUACUGGCUCCGGGAACAAGUUUUCAGAACAAACUUCGCUUGAUUCCCGGGCGAUGCGAUGGGAUACGCACGAGAUUAUAAGUGGGGGUUGGGGUUGGGGCAUCACGGUGUCAAUCUUGUACCGAACCUCUAAUUCGGUCCACUCCCGACGCUCUCGGAGUGAACAUGUUGUUUUGACCGUACAAACAUAUCGUUCCAUUGUGUUGGGCCUUCCGACGAGUUUGGCAACAUAACGAAUAAAGGCCAAGAUCCGGAAAUCCUUUUUUCCUCGAAACAAAAAUAAAUCGAUACGACACUACUUCGAGUACUCGUAUCUUCAAAACAGCGUCGCCUUUUUCUCACCUUUGCGCUCUUGUCGGGCCCACGACUCCAACACAUUGUCGUUGCUUAGACUUGGAUACGUCGCUUGUUACUAGUCCCUGUAAAUCCGUUAGAUCGACCUUGACUCUUCUAGCUCGAUGGACCGCGAGUUAUUCAACCCCACCAGAAUGUCCACCCACACUCAC